AUGUCACAGGCUUUUUCAGAGGUGCUACGGCUGCCAACGCGGCAGCUCACGAAGCUGCUGUUCCCGCUACAGGAGCUCGAGCGACACAUGGCACCAGAUAUGAGGCCCAGCCUUCACCUGCGGACCUUCAACCCGAGCCUGGAGGACAUAGAGAGGGCGGACGACCUUUUCAAGGCCACCUCUCGGCAUCGCAUCGAGUACCUGAGCUCCGCGGUCCGCCUCAACCACGCCCCGGACCUCCUUCUCCCAGAGGGGCACACAAAGAAAAUGAAUUUUUUUAAAGUUGGAAAAUAUUUUACAGUGGUGGACAUGCCAGGUUAUGGCUAUAGAGCACCUGAAGAUUUUGUUGACAUGGUAGAGACCUAUCUAAAAGAACGAAGAAACUUGAUGAGAACAUUUUUGUUAGUGGAUAGUGUUGUUGGAAUUCAAAAAGCAGACAGUAUCGCCAUAGAAAUGUGUGAAGAAUUUGCAUUACCUUAUGUGAUGGUAUUAACAAAAAUUGACAAGUCUUCCAAGGGGCAUUUCUUAAAACAAGUGCUUCAGAUCCAGAAAUUUGUUGACACUCAAACUCAAGGAUGUUUUCCUCAAUUGUUUCCUGUAAGUGCUGUAACCUAUUCUGGAAUCCAUCUUUUGAGAUGCUUUUUAGCAACUAUAACAGGAAAUCUUAAGCAAGUAUGA